GAAUGAGAGUGAAACGAAUGAUCAGGGGGCAACCUAUCGCUCUCUAUUGAAACCAUCGAGGGGAAGGAUUGGAUUAUAGAUAACGUAUAGAAACCGAAGAGAUAAGUCUAUAACGACAGAAGAGAAAGAAAACGCAACUUACGUCAGGCUAUUUUGGUUUGGACUUGAUUGCAUAGGUGCUGCUCUUUAUUGGAAAAUCGACCCAGAUACGAGGAUGUGCCCAAGAGAAUGGUAGAUGCUGAAAAUAUUUUUAUAACCCAAUAUAUAGGAGAAGACAACUUUUAUUAUUUUUGGAUAUUUAUUGAAAGCACAAGAUUAACUGCCUGAUUGAGCUUCCUAUGUGUUUACACAGCAUUUACCUAACAGAUCCAGUUUGGUGAAUUAGUUACUGGGCCGUAUUGUCUUGUUCUUGAGGAAAAAAAGACCAAAACUGCUACCUCCAGGAUGCAGCAGACCCCUGGACCAGAGCAUGAUGACACUUUUGAUUUCCUGUUUAAAAUUAUUCUCAUUGGAGACACAAAUGUGGGCAAAACAUGUGUGGUGCAAAACUUUAAAUCUGGAGUAUUUGCAGAAAGACAGCAAAACACUAUAGGAGUGGACUUCACAGUAAGGACACUGGAUAUCGAAGGGAAAAGAGUGAAGAUGCAAGUUUGGGACACUGCAGGUCAGGAGAGGUUCAGGACCAUCACUCAGAGUUACUAUCGCAGUGCUCAUGCCGCUAUGAUCGCCUACGACAUCACCCGAAGAGGAACCUUUGAGUCUGUGCAGCACUGGAUCAAAGAGGUGGAGCUGUACGGAGCCGCUAAUGUAGCCAUGGCACUAAUAGGGAACAAAUGUGACCUGGAGGAGGAGAGGCAGGUUCAGUUUGAAGAGGCCUGUACUCUGGCAAAAGACAAAGGAUUAUUAGCAGCUUUAGAGACAUCUGCGAAGGAAAGCCAGAACGUAGACGAAGCCUUCAUGAUGAUAGCCAGAGAGCUGAUGUCCCGCAAUGGCCUUUAUGUCCAGCAGGGGGACGGGAUAAGCGUGUCUCCGUCUCUGCUCAGGACCAACUCCAAACCUAUAGACAUUGCGUCAUCCGGCUACACAAUGGAAGAGAAGAAGUCAUGUUGCUGAAAUAUGCAAAAGAUAAAGCAAGACUGAUGGAUCGAGAUACACAAAUGUUGCUUUGUGGACUAAGCAAGUGGCAGCCUUGUGAACUAAGCAAUGAGCAAGUAUUGAGCAGAGGCUACAAAAAUAAUGUUUGUUUGUUUUUUAUCAUACCAUCUUAAAGUAUAGUGUUAAAUGGCCCAAAAUACCCACGUGAAAAUAAAAACUGAAACAGACUUUAUAUGAGUGAACGGAGAAUGAUUCACUUUGGCAUCAGCACCCUGCAAAAUCAACUGAACUACGACCUUUGUUUAUUCAGAAUGGUGAUUUGGCAGAUUUUUUACUCCAUAUGCCCUUCUCUCCAUAACAUAGAUCAUCAUAGAUACAUGUAAUUGGAGUGGGCAAUGGAUCAAUGGAGCAGUGUGCCUCUCAGCUUCAACGAGAUUUGGACCUGCAACCUUUUGAUUGAAAGGUUUAUGCUUAAUGAUAGUGACGCUGUUGCCCCUAAAGGCAUCUAGGCUAGCACAAAUCAAUGUGAAAACUGAAAUAACAGCCUUAAAAUGUACUUUAAAAAUAACUGAUUGCAUCUUUUAUAAAACUACACAAAAUUAUGAUGAAAUAGCAGCCCUAAAUUGUCCUGAAUCUUACUACUACUAGACAAAAAAUGAUCAAUAGAAAACAGAAGAACAUAGAAGACAUGUUGGUAAUGAAAAAUAAAUUGAUUAUAGACCAUAUCAAUAUAAUUUUUAGAUUUUUAGAUUUUGUUUGGCUGGUCUUCAAAUCUCAAUGGAACUAAAAUGUAUUUAAAAAAAUUUUAUUACUCCCAAAUCUACUACUACUUCUACUACAGUAACUUGAAUAUUUCCUCAUUGUCAUUCCACCCCUGUCAUUGCGCAGUGGAUACAAAGUACUUCUCUGUGACAAAUGACCUGGUGCCAUGAAGGAUCGUUUUGUUUGUGCUGCUGCCACAAGGACUGAAUUAAACCUUGAGUGCUGGUCUGUUUACCCAUCAUGCCUUUGGAGAGACUGCUGAGUGGCGAUGGGUGUGUAAUCAUUGUUGGGUGAAAUUAUAUGAGGUCACGUUUAUUUAUUAUAUGAGCUUGAAACUCCCACUCCAAAACAUCUCACAUUCAAACUCAAAGAAAAUUGUACUAUGGAUUUUAUGGACUUUUUAUUAAGUAGUUGUAUUUCACACAUAGAUUAUUUCUGUUAUUUGUGUUUGCAAAUCAAACCUUCUCCUUUGCAUCCUCUUCUCUCACCCCCCAAAAAAGUUAUGUUUUUCCAGUGCAGGUGGACUUGCUUUUCUAGGGGGGGUUGAUAAAUCCUUUUUUUUUUUUUUGCUUGGAAUGUUCCGCAGUAUAUCAUUAAACCUGUGCUACAUUACAUGUGUUUUUAUUACUCAAAAAACAUUGGAAAUGGAAAACAUUCUUGAAAAAAAUUCUUACUGUAAGCGGGGUCACAUCUCUCCAUGGAGAUAGAUACAUUUAAUGUCAUACUGUGGGACAUUCCAGGCAAAGCAGUGGUAUUUACAUAGACAAUCCAGUAGUGAACACCUCCAUCAGAAAGGUUACAUAGACCAGCAUUAAAUAUAUUAUGGUAACUGAGUACACAUCUCAGGUAGGUCAGCACAAAAUUGCCUAAUUAAAUGCAAUAAUAUAGCUAACAUUGUAUGUUUCUAACCAUAAAUCGAAUUUCAGGUCUUUAUAUAGGGAUAUUUUUUCAAAUUCAUUUUAACAAUUCAUAUUUUUUGUGUCUUGUUUAGACCUAUCUACAAAAAUCUGCACUCUUUUCAUGAACAAACUGAACCUCAUUUUUUUCUCACCUUUAAAUUUACCUACUCCAAACAGAAUAAUAAGUAAUACUAAAAGUUAACUAUAAACAAACUUAAAAGAUUUCUUUUUUUACAAAGUGACCUUACUUACCAUGCAACCUUACUCAGCCACUCCUUAGUUCAUGAAUCUUGAGUGUCAAAUGAUGCAAGACUGUGAAUUAAUUGCCAAUGAUUCCAUGUUGUAUUCUGUUCACAGGAAUAAUGUGAAGAGACUGCUUUGAACAGCAGAGGGCGAUGUGCUAUUACAUUUCUACUGUACCAGUUCUCUCUGACAUUAAACAUUCAGUUAUUUAAAAUGUCU